AUGCCAGUUGCAGCGCCAGAAAGCUUGCAACAGAUGGAUAAGUUGAGUCCAAGAACAGUUGGCAUAGAAAGUUAUUAUGGAACACAGCAGAGCGUACAAAAUAUGGUCCAGCUAAACUUAAUGGGGCCAAAUCGCGAUAAAUUUUUUGGGAGUCAACAAACAAUUCAAGGAUUGCGACAGUUGAACUCAAUAGCACCAAGCUACGACAGUUACUACACUGCUCAGCAAGGCAUCCAUGGACAGGGAGUAGAUUUCUUCCGUCCUCCCAACUUUACUUACGAUAUCCGGGAUGAUCCUAAUGUGAGGACUACACAGUUGCAUGAGGACGCGUCUAGACACACUUAA